GAGGGCUCUCAGCCCCCCGUGGCCGUGCUGGGGAAGGGGCAGUGAGCAGAUGCCCAUCCCAGAGCCCGGGUCCGGCCACAGCCCUCAUUCCUCCGCUGCCGGUGCCGCUUUGUUGCUAGCUGGUGACAUCACCCAGAGCCCACCCCCUGCCUCCCAGCCGUCGCUCCGUCUCGCUCACUCCUUCGCAGGCAGAGCUGGCAGGAUCGGGGCUGUGCGAGCGCCGGGGCGAGCGGCAGCAGCAUGCGUGCGGCGGCCGAGGCUGAGGGCACGAGAACCACGUAGGAGCCCGGCGGAGCCCGUGCCCACCGCCACCACCGUCGUGGCCUCCUCGCUUCUCCGGGGACGCCGGGACAGCCGCAUGCAUGACACUCCGAAAAGGAGAGAAAACGACCAUAAGUAUCCAGGAGCACAUGGCUAUCGACGUCUGCCCCGGCCCCAUCAAACCCAUCAAGCAGAUUUCCGAUUACUUUCCCCGCUUCCCCCGCGGGCUCCCCGCUGCCGUCGGCCGCAGCGGUACGUUGCGUCCUGCGGUCAGUCAGCCCUCGGUCGGCCCCACCGAGACGCCCCGCGAGGAUGACGAGGAUGUGGACCAGCUCUUUGGGGCGUAUGGCACUACGCCCGCCCCGCCGCCAGCCAAGUGCCCUCCAGCCGAGGAGGCGGUGGACCCGGAGGGCUACGAGUCCGACGACUGCACUGCUCUGGGAACACUGGAUUUCAGCUUGCUCUAUGACCAAGAGAACAACGCCCUGCACUGCACCAUCAACAAGGCCAAGGUACGUAUCGGCACCGGGUGAGUGAGGAGCAGAGCAGCAGUGGGCAUUAUGGGGCCAUCAAAGCCCUGCUGAAAGCAUGUGGCCCUUUCCUAUACCCACAUCCCCUCCAGCCCCAACUCCAUCCCAUGCCCACAUCCCCUCUAGCCCCAACUCCAUCCCACGCCCACAUUUCCUCCAGUUCCAUCCCACGCUUGCAUCCCCUCCAUCCCAGCCCCAUCCCAAUGCCUCGCUGGCUGCAGCUAUUUAUGUUUUUUUUUAGCAAAGCUCCCAACCCGAUGUUGUUAUUGACUUAACGCUGUGACCGGCUGUCAGUUUAUAAAUGGCUCUUUUAAAUGCUGCUAAUCACUGCCACAAAGUGCUCUGCCUCAGCUCCUUUGCCGUCUGCAUGAUUGAAGCAA